AUGCCCAAGCUUCUUGAUCAGAAUUUCGAAGAAGACUCAAUGAUAAUUGUCCCAGAUGAGUCCGAGUGGGACACGAUUGAAACGACGAAUAGAUCAGACACGAUUCCAGCUGGUACCAUGGCUACAAGCUCGAGACUGGAUGAUACUCUACAGCAGCCUACGCCAGGAAUGGAGCUGCGACCAAUCGAAAUCGUUGACUCGUCGCUUCCAGUGAAUACAUUCGAAAUGCUACAGGCAUACUUUACCUAUACGCAUUGCUGGCUUCCGAUUCUAGAACAGCAUGAUCUAUUCCGGGUAGUACACACUGAAUCCUCGCCAGAAGGUCAAGAUAAUGGAUCACGACUGGUUAUCUGGGCAAUUGUGGCAUAUCAAUCAUGCAUGGAGAAUGAUGGCGGUACCACGAAGCCAAACAUUGUACUGAUCGAACAAUCGAUCCAUUCUCGAAUCAUGGUGGAAUCCUCAGGCUUGAGACUGGGCCACGUUCAAGCUUUGAUUAUUCUAGUUCUCUGUCGCUUGAAGAUAGGAGAUAUCUCACAUGCAUGGAGGCUGGUUGGCCUGGCUUCUAGAAUGUUGCAGACAUUGCCUGCAAGUCUCAAACAAAGCCGGUACUGCCAUACUUUUCAUGGAUGUAAUUUUCUCGACAACAUUCUAUGUGCCCUUCUGCGAAAGUCUCCUUCUUUGUCUUUGGAAGAACAAAAACAAGAGGGCCCGGUACAAGAAGAGAGCAUGGAGGAAUGGAAUGUCUGGCCAUCAUUCCAACAAGGACCAGGAGAUGACCCCUUCGGUCAUUGA